AUGUCGGAUCUAUCACAGACCAUUCGAGCCUUCAUCGUUGGCUCUUUUCAACAACUGCCACCAUCCAUCGUCGAUGAUCUAGCAAAUGGCUCUGUCUCGCUGCUUGGUAUCGUCCGUCUUCUCGGGGAAUACCUCACUUCUCAGGAGGAGGACACAAGAACUCGCGCAGUUCAGUUGCUUUCCUACAUCACCUGUCAUUUUCUCGAUACUUCGGCACCUUUACCGCCGUCCAAGCAGCCACUCGCAAGCAUUUUCACUAUUCAAGCCGUACGUACGCUCUCUUCAUUCUUUGCAGACAAGAUUGCAGAUGGCGUCCUCAUAUCGGAUAACUUUGUUCGCUCUGCAAACGCUCCCGAGGUGGUCCCGGAUACUGCUUCCAGCGCACGCAAGAACGAAGCUGAGCAAAAGACGCUUCAGGGCAGCGCAAUGCUCGUCAGCUCGCUCAAUGCUCUCACCGUUCUUAGCGCAUGCAAGGCGACGACCGCAGCAUCAGCCGACACAGCACCCACUUCUCCACCUCCGGUCAAAGGUUUUGGUCAGGAGCAGGCACACGCUGUUGCCGACGCUCUGUUCUCCCAUGUCAUCGCAACCAACCAUCCUCAAAGUCUUCGCUUCAUCAUUUUCCGACUUCUCGAUAGCCUCGUCGCACAUCACAGAGAUGCACUAAAGGCGUAUCGAUCUUCGACUUCCUCCGCUGCCGAUGAGCAGCCAACCCAAUCUACAUCUGCUACUCCCCAUCCCAUGCAGGUCGACCCAGUCGCUGAUGCCGAUGCACUAAUCUCGGGAUCGGAAACGUGCCAAGGCAAAGACUUCUUGCAAGGCUACGUCAAGAUGGUCCAAGGCGAAAAGGAUCCCCGCAACCUCAUGGUUCUGUUUGGCGUCGACAAGGUGCUGCUAACCGAGUGGGUCAUGGAUCGUGAAAUGACUGAAAGAUUCUUCGACAUUACCUUCUGCUACUUUCCCAUCACCUUCCGUCCGCCACCCGAUGACCCCUACGGCAUUACCUCGGACGAUCUCAAAGUGGCUCUGCGUGCCGCCAUCUGUGCAUCGCCCGCCUUGGCACCGCACGGCUACCCGCUUCUACUUGAAAAGCUCAGUGCCGCAGGUGGUGCUGCCAAGCUCGAUACACUUCGCACCCUCAUCGCUGCGAUGCCUGUGUAUGGACGCGCUGCAGCGCUCGCAAAUGCCACCAAACUUUGGGAGGGCCUCAAAAUCGAAAUAUUUCACGCUACCGACGACGAGACCGGCGACCUGGCUGUCGACACCCUGACCAUCCUUCUUCACGUUCUCUACCAUGGUGUGGACCCACCCGAAGGCAUUGCUCCAAGAAUGGUACAUGACUGCUUGGUCGAGCUCGAGGAGCCAGGCAAGUCGCUGGCAAAGGCAGCUAUCCGGGUGCUCUCGUGUCUUGUGCGCGCUUCUGCUAGUACAGCCUACCUGGCCGUGUAUGGAUUCAUGGACCAGAUGAUCAAGAUGUUCGCGGACCCGGAAGAUCUGGCACAGCGCACUCCCAUCCUGGCCGGUAUUGGUGAACUGCUCGAUGCCCUUGCUAAAGUAUACCGUCACGCUGAGCUUGCGCGAGCCAACGAGGACGGUAAUACCAAAACCAAGCCUUCAUCUGCUGCAAGCGAGAUUGGCUCUGGUCAGCUGCUUCCAAGCACAGCUCCGGGUCGCAGCUACACCGGCGAUAAUCGACCCUUGGACCCUUUCCUGUCUGAGCUGCUCAGCUGCCUGUCGAAUGGCCUGCGAUCUACGUCCUAUCGCCGGUCUGCUAUGCUUGUCUUUUCGUCGAUCGUAUCCAUCUCGAUUCUCAGCAGCAAUGGCAAUGGCACUGGCACUGGCACCACUGGCACGCAAAAUGACGAAGUAUCCCUCUCGAAAUCAAUUAAGCCUCUCCUUGACUUUGACGAGCUGAGCUUCCUCACGCGCCAAGUCGCCUCCUUGCUGACUUCUUCUAUCGGCGACGACGUCCGUGAAGAAGCACUUUGUGCCAUCGAGGUCAUCUCUAACGAACGCACUGCCUCUACGCUCGCAGCAAUCAAUCCAACAGCCAAGAUCAUCGAACAGGUCGUUCUGCCCGUCUUGCUCGAAAAGCUGCCGGACCGGAUUCAACUUUUCGAUGACCCAGAACAACGAACGACAGGUAAUGCCAUGGACGACACCGCAGCCGAGCUGGACCUCAUCAAAGCAAGCAUCAGGCGCAGCCUUGGUGCCCUGUCACGCCUCUGUGUCGCGCCUUUUCUCUUCGAAGCUGUGGUGGUGAAACUUUUCACCAAGCUCGAACUGUGUUGUCGAACCGGUGUGCAUGAUGGCCCUAGCAGCGAGAGGGAUAUUGUCCUCGGCGUCACCAAAACCAACGAAGAAGGCAAAUCCAGUUCCAUGCUCAAUGAGCAGCUCAGCGCCCUGCAUGAGGCCAACUUGGGUUAUGCACGCGGACUCAUCCUCACUUUGCAGACAAUGGUCGACCUCAAGAAACAAAACGGCCAUCUUGAUCUUGUCAAGUACGCCCACACGCUUCCCUCUCGUCUGGUCAGCUUGACGCUGUCAAGCCUUGGCAGUGCCACGGACCAAGCAAAUGCAGAGGUGAGCAUCGCUGCACAUCCGGCUGUCGUCGCGGAUUCGGCCGCGCUGCUUGGCACGUUUGUCAAGCUACUCGACACAAGUCGUCAACGCGAGUUCUUGGCCAGUCUCAACCAGACUUUUGUUCAACGUCAGUCGACCUUUGUGGAAAGCGGUGAAAAUGUGGAGGGCGCAUCUCUCAUUGCUGCUAAUUCGCCAUUGGAACAGUCGUUUGCGCCCUUCUUGCCUUCACCGGCAUCUCAAAACGACCACUUUGCUAUGGCAAGCAGAAAUGCUGUGGCGCUUUUCGCAGCUGCUAUUGUCGCUUCUGGCCCAGCUGCCGGUGUUGUUGUUCUGUCAGCUUCAGCAGAUGCAACAAUGUCAAAACAUGACGCAGCCUUGGCUUCGCUCUCUCUUCUGCUUGAUUGGACGCUGGCUGCGGCCAGCUCAAAUGCUGACAAAGGCAGCACUAACUAUACGAUGGGCCAGACUUCGCAAGCUCUCCAACUCAACAGUGCAUUCUGGAUGGCAGUUUCGCUGACGAACAAGUUCAUUGACGAGACGCAACCGGCUUUCCUCGAUCUGCUCGACACGUUCUGGGGCACGCAUAUCAAGAAUCCCUCCACUACUGCAUGCUCGGCGAGACAACGACGGGUGGCGCUGCAGAUGUGGAUGUGGCUAUCGCGUGCGCUUGUGAUCAAAUCAUCCAAGCUUUCCGAGGCCAUGUUGAAUCGCGUGCUGAUCGAAAUCUUUGAUGACGUUGCGAGUGGUAUCGCCGGGCAAAAAAGAGCGACUCAACUUGUGGCCACAGCAUCACAGCCUGCAAAGACCGAGGAGAGCGUUGACUGGAAGUUUGCGCGAGCAGCCGCUCGCGACUUGUCGACUAUUGUGGGUGUCGGUGAAGACGGCAUCACAACCAAGGAGAAUGGCUUCACGGUGCGACUGCUAUGGAAGCAAAAGCUGUUCUCCUUGUUGCUUCCGCGCCUGCUCGAGAGCUAUUCGAGUGCGGCCAAGCUCGCGCAUCGUCACAACCAUGUUGAUGGUGAGCAUUGUUCGCACUCGCACGGCGAGGCUGAUGUAGACGCCAAGACCAUCUACCUCGUCUCGCUCGCGGGUCUCUUACCCUCUCUACCGUCCACGAUGCUGGUAGAGCGUCUGGAAGGUGUGUUUCCCUUGCUCAUCCAGGCGCUCGCGCUUCCUGAUUCCAAGGCGCGUUCUGCCGCUGCAAACGCCAUCACGGUCGCAAGCGAAGUAGGCAAGAAACUUGCGCCUCCGUCAUCCUUACCUCCUUCGGCUCCACAGUUCGAUCCUACUGCGCUCAUUGCAGCGCAUCUCAACUCGAUUGUUACCAAGCUCCUUUGCAAUAUCGAGCCCACGCCGUACACCCCGCCUGCGACGCGAAUCGCCGCUCUGCGCACCUUGACUAGCUUGGCCGCCAAAGUACCGGAGGACGACGAGGCUACCCACUCAACGCAGCGCUCAGACAGUGGGCUGCAGCAUCACCACUUGCACCCGUUGAGAAAUCUCGUCCUCAAGCAUCUGGGCAAGCACAAGAUCGGUAUCGACGACAAAAUUCGUUCGGUCAGAAGCUAUGCGGUCGACGCUAGAGACGCUUGGUUUGCGAUUUCCGAGACCUGA